CAGAUCCCUUUGUGUCCAGUCUGGUCGUUUUUUAGACAAUUCUACACAUAAGCAGUUAAUCAGUACCAUAAACCGGUAGAAAUGGACAAAACAAACAGCGGGGUUGCUAUGGACGAUCACCAAGCUGUUCAUACUAGAGACGAAACCAGCAGCAGCGAGAAAUUAGACACGGGAAGGCAGCAGAACAAGGAAGGGGACAUUCCAUGGGAGGAAACGUGCGGUGUAGAAUCUGAUCACCACCCCACACAGGGCCAUACAAAGCAAGGGGACACUCUUCUGGUGAAACGUACGGUGGACAAACGCUUUGUGUGUACGAAAUGUGACUACAGGGCAGCCAAAAAAGCUGAACUGUCAAUACACAAAAGAAAACAUACUGGUGAGAAACCCUUUAAAUGUGACCAGUGUGACUAUGCUGCUGCAUGUAAAAGUACUUUAACGAAACACAUGACUAAACACACAGGAGACAAGCCUCUCAUGUGUGGGGAGUGCGGAUACAGGACGACUGACGUGUCUUACUUAACCAUACAUAUGAGAAAACAUACAGGUGAGAAACCUUACAAGUGUGACCAGUGCGACUAUUCUGCUGCACAGAAAAGCAACUUAGACCAACACAUGGUUCGACACACCGGAUUGGACAAGGACAGACCCUAUCCAAUUGCACAGAAAGGAACUUUAGACCGUCACAUGACUCAACACGCCGGAGAAAAACCCUUCAAGUGUGGGGAGUGCGGGUUCAGGACGGCUUUCAAGUCUUCCUUAGCUACACACAUUAAAAAACAUACAGGCGAGAAACCCUAUAAAUGUGACCAGUGCGACUAUUCUGCUGCAGAGAAAUCCAGUUUAGACCGCCACAUGCCUAGACACACCGGAGAAAAGCCCUACAUGUGUGGUGAAUGUGGAUUCAGGACGAGUGCCAGGUUUUCCUUAACCGUACAUAUGAGAUCGCACACAGGUGAAAAACCUUACAAGUGUGACCAGUGCAACUAUUCUGCUCCAAAGAAAGGCGAUUUAGACUCACACAUGGCUAAACACACCGGAGAAAAACCUUACAUGUGCGAUGAGUGCGGAUACAGGACGGCUCACAGAUGUAACCUAACCGUACAUAUGAAAACACAUACAGGUGCGAAACCUUACAAGUGUGACCAGUGCCACUAUUCUACUGGACGGAAACCUGAUUUGAAACGACACAAGGCUAAACACACCGGUGAAAAACCCUACAUGUGUGACGAGUGCGGAUACAGGAUGGCUAGCAGGUCCUCCUUAACCGUACAUAUGAGAACACAUACAGGUGCGAAACCUUACAAGUGUGACCAGUGCGACUAUUCUACUGCAAAGAAAGGAAAUUUAGACCGACACAGGACUAAACAUACAGGAGAAAGACCUUUAUGUGUGGGGACCGCGGAUACAGAACGGCUAGCAGUAGAUCGAUAUUAACCGUAGAUAUGAGAGCACAUACAGAUGUGACCAAUGCGACUAUUCUGUCACAGAUAAAAGGUAUUUAAAGAAACACAUUUCUUAGGGACACAACUUACAAGUGUAUACAGGACGGUCGGCAAGUCUAACAUUAAAAACGAUAGGCGAAGAAUCAAAACACAAAUGUGGUUAGAGUGACUAUUCUGCUUCAUAGCAAAGAUGUGUAUAUGGUGAAAAAUAGAAAUAAAGUACAGAUUUGUGGACUGCGGGUUCACCGAGACGGAAUUCAUAUUUAGACGCAAUACUAUAAAGACUGACAUCGUCUGUCAACGUGCAUAAAAUUUUAAAUCAUAGUGAUCUGGAAUCACAGUUUUGCCGCUUCCUAUCCGUUUAGUUCUCACGCCUGCUGUACAUAUUUAUUCAUCUAGCUGCUGUUUUGAACAUACUUAGAUAGUGUACGCCGCUAUCAGAAAAUACUUCUACCAAAUAUCGAUAUAACACAGUGUAGUCUUGCAUUAUAUCAAACGCUGUCAAAUUACAUUCUAUUUCAUGUAUUAUUAAUGACAGUAGAAGUAUUCCUAACCGUUGGUUUAACAUACCUCGUGCCGUUUGACUUCUUACCCUAGUCCUUGCCAGUGGUACCUGCAGCUUAAGACUGUGCCCUCUAGUUACAGUUAGUGGUGCGUACCUAAAGCCCGGACUUGGAAUUGGACAUAAAAAUGUUUAGGUCCAAGUC